UUAAGCCACUUCACCCUCUCAACCCGCCCGGAGACAGCAGGGUGCUUGUCAUCUGCGGGGCACAAGAGCCAGCCAUGUCUCCUCUGGAGCCGGUUGGAAAUUGCUGAGCUCUCGUUCCAUGCUUCCUUUUGACAUUCGACAAGUAAUGCAGCAGUGAGCCGGGGGAGAAAAACCAAGCAGAAUGGCGGACAAAGACAGCGUGGAGAAGUACCUGGAGAAUAACCCCCAGUUUGCCAAAGAGUACUUUGAUAAGAAGCUCCGGGCCGAGGUGCUCACCGCUGCCUUCACGGAUAGCUUGGAGAUCAAAGAUCCAACUUCGUUUAAAGACGCCACCCAGAUCCAGGAAUCCGCGGUCAUCUUCGACCUGGUCAAAGAGGUGCAGACCCCGACCAGCAUGGAGAAGUCCAUGCACAGGAUCCUGCAGAGAAUAUGCCUUCUGGCAAAUGCCGACAGGUGCAGCUACUUCGCCUGCAGGUCCAGGAACGGAACGCCCGAGCUGGCCACCGCUCUCUUCAACGUCACCCCGACUUCCCAAUUUGAGCAAAACUUUGUCGACCCGAACUCUGAAAUCGUCUUCCCUCUGGAUAUGGGAAUAGUGGGCUUGACAGCACGUUCGAAAAAGCUACAAAAUAUCCCAGAUGUCAAACAGAAUAAUAACUUCAGCGAAUUUGUGGACAAUCAGACAGGAUACACAACGAAAAACAUACUCUCAGCUCCAAUCAUUUUUGAAAAAGAUGCUGUUGGUGUCAUCAUGGCACUGAACAGAAGUGGAGCGAAUGGAUUUUCAAAGACUGAUGAGGAGAUCUUUGUCAAGUACCUGAAUUUUGCAUCAGUUCUUGCUAUUCAGCACCACGUCACAUAUUUGUGGAAUGUGGAAUCCAGGAGAAGUCAGGUGUUGCUCUGGUCAGCCAGCAAGGUGUUUGAAGAGCUCACAGAUAUUGAGCGACAGUUUCACAAAGCUUUGUACACAGUGAGAACCUACCUUCAAUGUGAAAGAUAUUCUGUAGGCCUUCUGGACAUGACCAAAGAGAAGGAAUUCUAUGAUGAAUGGCCGAUUAAACUUGGAGAUGUAGAACCUUAUAAGGGCCCAAAGACACCAGAUGGCAGAGAAGUGAACUUCUACAAGAUCAUUGACUACCUUUUGGAGGGAAAGGAAGAGAUUAAAGUCAUCCCGACACCUCCGACUGAUCACUGGGCGAUGGUCAGUGGGCUUCCAACCUUUGUUGCUGAGAAUGGCUUUAUCUGUAACAUGAUGAAUGCACCAGCGGAUGAGUACUUCAAAUUCCAGAAAGAUGCAGUGGAUGAGACUGGCUGGAAGAUCAAAAACGUCUUGUCUCUUCCCAUUGUCAACAAGAAGGAAGAAAUUGUGGGCGUUGCCACCUUUUUCAACAGAAAAGAUGGCAAGCCUUUCGAUGAGUACGAUGAACAGAUCACUGAAGCUCUCACACAGUUUUUAGGUUGGUCAGUCCUAAACUGCGACACCCACGACAAACUCAACAAGAUGGAAAACAGGAAAGAGAUCGCACAGGAAAUGCUGAUGUACCAGACCAAAUGCACCAACCAAGAACUUCAGAGUGUCCUGAACACAAGGGAGAAGUUCAAUCAAGAGCCAGAGGACUGUGACCAGAAAGAAAUGUACAAACUCUUGAGAGCAACCAUUCCUGAGGCUAAAGACGUGGAGUUGCUGGAGUUCCACUUCAGUGACUUCCCAGUGACAGAGCACGACCUGAUCAAGUGUGGAAUUCGGUGUUUCUUUGAAUUAAAUGUGGUCGAGAAGUUCAAAGUUCCCGCAGAGGUCCUGACCCGGUGGAUGUACACGGUUCGAAAAGGUUAUCGGGACAUCACAUACCACAACUGGAGGCAUGGGUUCAAUGUGGGCCAGACAAUGUUCUGUCUCCUACAGACUGGAAAACUGAGGAAAUACUAUUCAGACCUGGAUGCCUUUGCGAUGGUGGCGGCUGCAUUCUGCCAUGACAUUGACCACAGAGGAACCAACAAUUUAUACCAAACAAAGAGCGCAUCUCCGUUGGCCAAAUUACAUGGAUCUUCCAUCAUGGAGAGACACCAUCUUGAGUACAGCAAAACGUUGAUGACUGAUGAGAGCCUCAAUAUCUUCCAGAACCUUCAGAAACGUCAGUUUGAGACAGUACAACAUCUGUUCGAUGUCUGCAUCAUUGCCACAGACUUGGCCUUGUACUUCAAAAAGAGGACAAUGUUCCAGAAAAUUGUUGAUGCCACGGAACCAAUGACAGAGGAGAAAGACAGAAUCAGCCACAUUUCAAACAAUCCUAUCAGGAAGGAAAUCAUCAUGGCAAUGAUGAUGACAGGCUGUGAUCUGUCUGCCAUUACCAAACCAUGGGAAGUUCAAAGUAAGGUUGCUCUCAUGGUAGCAGCAGAAUUUUGGGAACAGGGAGACUUGGAGAAGACAGUUCUGGAUCAGCAGCCCAUUCCCAUGAUGGACAGAAAUAAGGCAGAAGAGCUUCCCAAGAUGCAGUGCGGUUUUAUCGACUUUGUGUGUUCAUUUGUGUACAAGGAAUUCUCGAGGUUUCACAAAGAAAUUACACCCAUGUUUGAUGGACUGAACAACAACAGGAUGCACUGGAAGGAGCUGGCCGAUGUUCACCAGGCAAAGGUGGACGCCAUAGAACAACAGAAGAAGAGCCUGGAAGAGGUUGAGAAGAAAGACAAUGAAGGUGCCAGUAGCUCAAAGUCCAAAACCUGCACCAUAUGCUGAAUGAGGAUAUGCAGGAGAUGCGCCGAGCUGCACAGCGCUACAUUUUUUCCCACAACCGACCAAAGGACUGAGUGCUAUUUGAACCACCACAGUGACAGCAUCAUUGUGCAAUUCCUCGUUUUUAACUAUAGCUCACAAGUAUUGUAAAUAGCUGCAUUUUCUAGAUUAAAUGAUUUACUUACGUUUUAAAAAGAAUGUAUAUACUUACAGUACUACAGACUCCUUGCUGUUAGUUUUGUCUUACCAUUUAACUACUUAAAUGCAGUAAGGCUGCACCCUGCAACAUAUUUGCCCAAGACUUUCUUAAUAAAGUCUUAAAAUGAGCAUUUGGUGACACUGAGCAAAUUCUGGACAUUUAUUGUUGUCCUUACAAAUUCACAAAGUACAAACUUAACACAUUGUUUUACUAUCAUAUAGCAAUGAAACAGCUGUCAGUUUAGAAAUUUAAUUUAAAACUAUCUGAAUUAAACUAAUUUAUGCCAAUGGUGCUUAUAAUCAAGUUGGCAAUGUGAAGGUCACGAUUAUUUUUAAAAUGAGGAGUAUUAAUUCUGAUAAGUAAUACUCGAAUUAGUAAGUAUUUAUAAAGUUUCAUCUGAAAUCAA